GAAAACCUCCGGCUUAGUCUUCCAUUUUCUGCAUCUCGACGAUGGACUUCUCGGCGGCGGACUUUGAUCGGCUCCUGAUGUUCGAGCAUGCUCGGAAAGCUGCCGAGGCUCAGUACGCUGUGGAUCCACUCGAUGCCGAGAAUCUGAUCAAAUGGGGUGGUGCAUUGCUUGAACUAUCUCAGUUCCAGAGUGUUCCCGAUGCAAAGCAGAUGUUAAAUGAUGCAAUUUCUAAGUUGGAAGAGGCAUUGACGAUAAAUCCGAUGAAGCAUGAGGCUCUAUGGUGCUUGGGAAACGCCAACACCUCCCAGGCAUUCCUCAUUUCAGAUGCUGAUGAAGCCAAAGUGUAUUUUGAUAAAGCUACCGAAUAUUUUAAAAGGGCAGAAAAUGAGGACCCAAGUAAUGAACUUUAUCGUAAGUCGUUGGAAGUGGCAGCAAAGGCACCGGAACUGCAUAUGGAGAUCCAUAAGCAUGGACUGGGGCAACAAACACUGGGUGGAGGUCCUUCAGCUUCUCCAAAUGCUGGUACUGCCAAGAAGAAAAAGAAGAGCAGUGAAUUCACCUACGAUGUAUGUGGUUGGAUAAUCCUUGCAUUCGGGAUAGUCGCAUGGGUUGGAAUGGCAAAGUCUCUUGGCCCUCCACCUCCUCCUCCUAGAUAGUAAGCUGCCUUGGGCAACCCCUAAGGUAAUAUCUUAUACAUUCCUCAUAGUAAAAGUGGUUCUUGAUGGAAUUGGGAGCAUAAUUUGCUUGCAAGUUUUUUUAUUUAUUUGUGGAAUUGGGUUACCUUCGAAUUGAUUCAGUGCCAACAUUGGUCAAUUGUAUUCAUUAGGAUAUUUGUUUCUUCAUAUUAAAUUUUGUAUUCUCUUCUCGUUGUA